GCGGCGGGUGCGCGCCCGGGGGCGGCGGGAGCAGUGCGGAUGGCCAAGGUGCUGCCGGCGACGGCGGGGCACGGGGCUGGAGGCUCCACAUCUGUUUGUUACAAGCCUACUAGCCCAGUGCAAGUACUGGAAGACACAGGCUUUCUUUACCAGGAUCACCAAUUGUUUGCUGGCAGGCAUGAAGCUUCUUCUCUAACAGCAGAAGUGAUCAGUGCCAAAGAAAAAGCUGCUGAGGAGGCCCUCUGCACCUUGCACCCAUCCAGCUUCCGCAGGGUCCCAGAGGCGGAGAUGCGAGGUGCAGAGGAGGUGGCAGCCGGCACCGUCUUGCAGCGCCUGAUCCAGGAGCGGCUGAGGUAUGGCAACCCCAGCGAGAACAUGAACCUGUUGGCCAUACAGCACCAGGCGACGGGCAGCGCCGGACCCUCCAACAGCACCGCCAGCACUCUCUCUUCCGCAGAAAACCUGGUGCCCGAAGAGCCGCCAAUGGUCCAGCCGUCGGGGCGGCAGGAACCACAGGGGCAGGAGCACCAGGGGGACGGUGCUGUGAUGGAGAAGCAGCCCCGGGCCCCACAGCCCCCACAUGGCACUGAGGAGCUGCCCACCUACGAGGAGGCCAAGGCCCAGUCUCAGUUUUUCCGAGGCCAGCCCCCGCCAGCCACCACUGCUGCACCAGGUUUCUAUGGCACAUCUGGCCAGAAGUCCAGGACGGAGGGGAGGCCGACAGUGAACCGGGCCAACAGCGGGCAGGCGCAUAAGGACGAGGCACUGAAGGAGCUGAAGCAGGGCCAUGUCCGCUCGCUAAGCGAGAGGAUCAUGCAGCUCUCACUAGAAAGGAACGGGGCCAAGCAGCACCCCCCAGCCCCAGGGGUCGGGAAGGUCUUCAAGGCAACCCCAGCAGCCAGCAAGGCUGCAGACCCGCGGGGCCCACCACCUGAGUACCCCUACAAAGGGAAGACGGCAGCCGCGGGCAGCAAGGCACAGGACCAUGGGCUCUUCUACGGCGAGCAGCCGGCACAGGAUGUCCUCAAGGCCUCCUAUGCCGCUCCACAGCCUGCGCGGGCAGAGGCGGCCCUCGUCCGCUACCAGCCACCCCCAGAGUACGGGGUCAGCAGCCGACAAUGCCAGCCGCCCUUCCCGCCACCACCAGUCCAGCAGCACAGCCCGAUGUCUUCACAGGCCACCACCGCCACUGGCCCUCUGCUCCCUGGCACCAUGUCCCCACUGCCAGCCCCUGCUGCUGCCCAGUCGCUGACACCAACGCUGCCAGGCCAGCAGCUGACACCCGAUGCGUUUGCCAUUGUGGAGCGGGCACAGCAGAUGGUGGAGAUGCUCUCUGAGGAGAACCACAUGCUGCGGCAGGAGCUGGAGGGGUAUUACGAGAAGGCAGACAAACUGCAGAAGUUUGAAAUCGAGAUUCAGAGGAUUUCAGAAGCUUAUGAAGGCUUGGUCAAGACCACCACUAAGAGGGAGUCUCUGGACAAAGCAAUGAGAAACAAACUCGAAGGAGAAAUUAGGAGACUUCAUGACUUCAACAGGGAUCUCCGUGAGCGACUGGAGACAGCCAAUAGGCAGUUAGCCAGCAGAGACUUCGACGGGCAUGAGGAGAAGUCAACAGAGGGCCUUUAUGUCACUCAGAACAAAGAGCACUUGAAGGAGAAGGAGAAGUUGGAGAUGGAGUUGGCAGCUGUGCGCUCUGCUAAUGAGGACCAGCGGAGGCACAUCGAAAUUCUAGACCAGGCCCUAAACAAUGCACAAGCCAAGGUCAUCAAACUGGAAGAGGAGCUGCGCAGGAAGCAGGCCUACGUGGAGAAGGUGGAGAAGCUGCAGCAGGCACUGACACAGCUGCAGGCAGCCUGCGAGAAGAGGGAGCAGAUGGAGCGGCGGCUGCGCACACGCCUGGAGCGGGAGCUGGACGCGCUGCGGAUGCAGCAGAGGCAGGGCAGCUACCAGGUGAGCAGCCUCCCAGAGCAUAAUGCCCCAGCCCUGAUGGAGCUUGUACGGGAGAAGGAAGAGAGGAUCCUGGCCCUGGAAGCUGACAUGACCAAGUGGGAGCAGAAGUACCUGGAGGAGAGUACAAUCAGGCACUUUGCCAUGAAUGCUGCAGCCACAGCUGCAACGGAGAGGGACACCUCAGCCCCGAGCCACUCGCGCAACGGCAGCUACGGCGAGAGCGCGCUGGACGUGCGGAGCUGGCAGGAGGAGGAGGAGAUUGUGCAAGCCAACCGCCGCUGCCAGGACAUGGAGUACACAAUAAAGAAUCUGCAUGCCAAAAUAAUUGAGAAGGAUGCCAUGAUCAAGGUCCUUCAGCAGCGGUCACGGAAGGACCCUGGGAAAGCUGACAGCGCCAGCCUGCGACCAGCUCGGUCUGUUCCCUCCAUCGCUGCUGCCACAGGCGUGCAUUCGCGCCAGACCUCGCUCACCAGCAACCAGAUAGCUGAGGAGAAGAAGGAGGAGAAGAUCUGGAAAGGAAGCAUAGGGCUGCUCUUGGGGAAGGAGCACCACGACCACCCAUCGGGCCACUCACUGCCUCCUCCGCUGCCCUCCUUGUCCUGCAUGCCUGCCCCAGGGCCGGCAGCCUCCCACGCCAAGACGGGCAGCAAAGACAGCAGCACGCAGACGGACAAAGGCGCCGAGCUCUUCUGGCCUGCCGCCGCCUCCUUCCCGGGCCGGGGGCGGCUGGGCACCACCCCGGCACACAGCCCUGCCCCGCGGCCCCCGGGCACACGAGCGGCCGGCGAGAAACUGGAGAACUCCAGCCAUGGGAAGCUGCCUGACAGCAAAGGCAGAGUGAGCAAUUUGCUUCACAAGCCUGAGUUUCCAGAUACAGACAUGAUGGAAGUCCUCAUCUGAGUAGAGGACAACAUCUCUGGGGUUUCUUGUGUGUACUACGAGAGCCAACGUGGUCCUUGGUGUGCCAACCUUAAAAAAUAACCCUGAGAGUUUGAAGAUAGAGAAAGUUUGUGCCCAAAAUGAAGCUUCAGUCUGACAUGUUGAAUCUUUGGACCAGGCAAGAAAUCAAGAGCACUAAAGAGGAGCAAAGAAAUGAACAUCUGGGGUUUUCUGAGCAGAAAUGGGCUUUGAAAAUGGAAAGUGGUGUGAGAAGGGAUGUUUGAGGGAAAAUAAAACUGCAUUUUCAGGUGUAAAGAGAAGGUAGUGAAGUUGCAGACUGAGUGCACGCUGCUGCUCUGUUUUCCUGCCUCUGCAGCUGGGGCAGGGAGCAAAAUCCCGGUUCUUCUGAGGACAGAGGGAGUUUCUGAAUAAUCCAGGAGAAACUUGCAUCUUCCUCAGUAUCACUUCAUUUCUGAGAAGUAUCCACUGCUUAAUUUUGGUGAGAAUUGGUCUGUAUGUAUAAACAGCAAGUCCUCAUAAGUAUUUGCUUGAAGUGGUGUGGUAUGGUUCUCCUGGGCAGGCAGGUCAGGUGCCUCUUUCCUGGCUGGACAAGUGUUGCUCUUGGAGCUGGCUUUACAGUACAAAUAUUCGUGUCUUGUAAUCUCAGAGCUUGCUGAGAUUCCUUUUUUUUGGUAGGAGCAGUUGUUGGCUGAAAUUCCCGUGGAGAAAGAAAGUAGAAGUGGGGGAGGAGGACCCUGUUGAAACAAAUCGUUUUGUAACUAUAGGAAGGUUUCAGGAGGAAGAGUUGGGGGAGGGUCUCAGUGGCUCCUCGAAGACCUGUGUACUGCAGACCUCAUUCACAUGGGGGUUGUGUAGGUGCUUUCUCAGAGGAGUUUAAGAUGGGUUUGUAUGUUAGGUCAGAAGAUGCCUCUUACCUUGCACUGGUUCACAGCAGUGAAACGCACAAAAUCAGUGUGUUUGUGGUAAGAACAGUAUUUUUCCUUACUCUCAAUGCCUACAACCAAAUUCUACCUUCCUUGAGCACACAGAUCUGCUGUUCAAGUUGACCUGGGGCUGAGCAUUAAGGGGUGCAGGAUCAGACUGGGAAGGGUUUAGUUGUAAAGCAGUACGUGAGCAUCAUCUGUUUUCCAUACUGCAGUUCCUUUUCACUUUGGUUUUAUCCAGUAGGGAACAUUUCUCAUUUUCAGCUUAGUUCUUGAUUUCUUUUAAGGGGUGGCAACUGUCUGUAAGACAGCCAGCCCACCAGCUGUGUUAUGUGUGGCAUACCAUUUGCUUCCUGCAUUGCACAUGCUGACAGGGAAAUUUUCCUCUGUGAGGUACUUUUGUAUUGACUUGCAGUUCCUAAACCUUGAGGUGCACCAUAAUGAUGUUGAGAACUUGGCUCUGGGACAAAGGGUGAUGGGGUUUUACGUGAAGCUGCCUAGAGUGGGAAAGUAAUGGAUGCUGGAAGUAAUUGUGUGCUCAGGGCUGCCUCUUCCUAUAGGUAUCAAAUUGGAGCUAUUGAUUGUGAAAAACCAGGCACUUUAAACUCCACUUUCACUAAAGACUCAAGUCCUUGCAAUCUCAAAGCCUUUAGAGGCCAGAGUCUUGCACUCAGUACUGCCUCACUGAUACCUUAUUAAAACAACAACAACAAAAGCAACAAAAUGGCUGUGUUCAAUCUAUGCACUUAUUUUUGUGUGUGCAAAGAAUUAGACCUACGUCAGUGUCGUCCUCUUUCUGAUUUUUGCACUUGUUAAAGUAGCGGUAGGUAGGUUGUGCAGGCAAGCACCCCUGUGUUUCGAGUAUUAGCAGCUUUGGAGUGUGAAGCCAAAUGUGUAAAACCCUUGGAAGAUGUUAAGUAGCUUAAUAUAUGCCUUGUAAAAUAAUUUAAUGAGGUUUUUUUUCUCUACAGUUAAUUUAAAUGUCGUGUUUGUAUAAAAGCUGGGCCCGUGCUUGGCUUCAGCGCCACCCCACCUCCGUGGCCCCUUCCUCAGGUGCUGGUGGUAGGAAUGGGGCAGGGGGAAGACAAAAGCAAGGGAAUACAAAUAAAACUAUGAUGAAUAUUUCAUGUAAUCUUUUUUCUCCAAGGAAUAAGGAUACCCAGGCGCAUGGAAGUCCCUAAGCAUUUUAUUACUGGCUGUGUUGUUCUGUUUGAUGAAAUUGUACAGGCAGACACCUGGGCAUCCAGAAGGAAAAGUGUUGGAUCAGUGUGCGUGAUGUGACUUUCAGUUGUGUUUGGUAGUGGUUCAGCUAAGCUUCAUCAAGUCAGCUAGAGUAAAGGACUCCUCGUUCUCAUGGAGAUCAUAGUCCAUCCAAUUUCUUGCAUCCAAAGGUAUGUUUGCAACUGAUGCUGCCCCAGAUAGAGGGCACAUAGAGGAAACUAUUUGUUAGAAACUGUGAUGUGGGCAGCUCUUGUUGCGAGCAACAAUUUGAAUAAACCCAAAGGUUCAUUCUCCUCAACUGUGAUGAGCUCAAGGGAUGUUAGUUUUCCUGGAGGGAAGAUCUGGAGGACCAUAGAGUCACCCUCCAGCCUGAGCGCUAGCAAGACUUGUAUGGAGUACUACUGCCGUAUAUCAGCCCCUCUCAACAGAGCGGAGCAGCUCCAUUUGUGCUGAUUUUCACAGCUCUUGGAACUUUGUUGUGUUUUGGGAAAUUGUGCUGUAGCCAUUCCAGGUGGAGUCGGUAGCUAGUUGUAAAAUAUUGUCUUUUGUUAUUGUCCUUGGUUGUAUAGAGAAGUUGGUGUACAGUGGUGUACAGCUGGAGGGUUAUUUGUACAUAGGGAAGAAUGGAGGACGUUAUGUGUCACCCACAGCAAAUAGUGGUAUUGUUGGUCAGCCAAAGAUUUCCUUUUCUUUGCUGUUUAAACUUGUGCCUUAAUAUUGUAUAUAAUAAAUGUAUAAACAUGUUUAUUUUC